UCGAAUCUAGCAUUCGAUUAACCAAAAGCAGGAAACUUCUUUUUUGCGAUGCAGAGCUAGGCCAUCGGGUGUUAUUUUGAGUUAAAGAAUUAGAUUUUUCUAAGAGUGAUGCAAAAACAAGGGAAGGUUAGUGGGCAUGAAGUGAAAAAUCCCGCAGUAUGGAGGAAAACAGGACAACCAGAUACAGGAAAGGGGAGCUUGGGAAGAAAUGCUUCUCAAAAUUAUCAAGAGACAAACACUGUUCAAGGUCUGGGUGGAAGGCCAUCACCAGAUCACUAUGCUGAAAAGGCAUUCAUCCAGACACAAACGGCAACAAGUCGGCAGGAACCGAAACAAACAACAGCAAAAAAUGAAAAGCAUAAAAAAGAAGGAUCCCAUGGAAAAAUUGCAAAUGACCCACUGGGGCUUGGUUUCCAAGGCAAGGGAAAUAAAAAGAUAGACUUAUCAAGAGGCAGUGCGGGGAAUGGGGAAGGAGGUUUAUACAGCGGACACCUUCCUCUCAUCAAAGACAUGAGCACUGUCGAAGGGCGAGAUAAAUACAUGAAGCAAUCAGGGAAUGAACGUAAGUUAGAAAACAUCCACGAAGACUUCCAAGCAAACAAUGGAGUAUUGGAUGUCCAACACAAGGCGGACGAGCAACAGGGUGUGCAAAAUUUUGAUGCUUUCCCUGAGUUAGUAGCAGCUGAGAAAUCGAAUGCAGAAAGCGUCACUAAGGAUAACGGGCUGCGCAAAGAUUAUACAAGAUUCCCAAAAAUGAUAAACGAAAACCACGAGACGAUGUUGCAAAACAUCACCGAACAUGCCCAGAAGAAGAAACGACUUGGUAUCAUGGGUAUACCUGAAGAUGACGUAAUGCCGGAUUCGCGAUUAGUACCAUUUGAGAUAGUAGACGCAAGCCAGCAGCAGAAUAGUAUCUACACGGGAUUUCAACGUAUCCAGGAAGGUGCUUUGAAGAAUCAGACAAUUCAUGAAGAAAAAAGACAGGCAGCUGGUGGAAAUGAAGUUCAACCAAAGAGAGAGAAAACUGUUAAAGAUUCUAAAACGCAACUCAAAGAGGAAAUAAAGCAGAUGCGAUUUCGCCGUUCCUCGAUUUUUAGAGGAAUCUCACCGCAGCUUUCGUUAUCUCAAAAGACACUCAACACUGAGAUCUAUGGAAUGCAGAAGUUGCAUUUCACGAGCAAUUUUACAUUCUCGUUUUUUGACAUGCCAUCAAAUUACCAGGAGCAGAAUGAGUUCAUCCGCUCAAGUGUUAAUGCCAUUGGGAGAAGGAAAGCUAGGCCAAAAUUUUCCAGGCCUGUACAAAAAGCUCAGAAAAAUAAAACGCUCAAGACUGAUUUAUAAAAUAAUAGACUUUGUAUUUUUCUACCUUGAUUGACUUAAUCUGUCUUGAUUAAAGAGCAUUUUCUACCAUUCAGU